CCCAAAAGCCUACCAUCACCCUCCAUCCUUGCCCUCCACCCUCACCGCAGCUCCACGAUGCUUACCAGAACGCAGGAGCGUGGCUGCUGCUUGACCUACGACUACGUCACCGACGAUGCCACUGAUCUGCUCGGUGAGAAGGACUUGGAUUCGAUCUCCGCACUGAGAGGGUUGCUCGUUUCGCGGCCCGCGGAUUCGAGCUUUUCGCACAAGAACGCGCUGCACCGCUGCGUGGAACACGCCAAGCUAUGGCUUGCUCAGGAUAGAGAGCAUAUGGGGUUCGUGAGUAGUUUCUUGGGGGUUUUUGGUUUUGCCGUUGGAAUACCUCUUGGCCUCUUAGUUGGGUUCUUUCUCUUUGUCUACUCAAAAACCAAACAUGUCAAGGACCCUGUUGUUAGGCCAAUCAGUGAAUUAGGCCCAAAUGCUCUGCAGGAACUUCUGCCCGAGAUUCCUCUCUGGGUGAAGACGCCUGAUUAUGAACGAGUUGAUUGGUUGAACAAGUUUUUGUUGGAUAUGUGGCCCUUCUUAGACACGGCAAUUUGUAAGAUUAUUAGAAGCACGACUCAACCGAUAUUUGCUGAAUACACUGGGAAGUAUCAGAUCAAAGCGAUUGAUUUUGAUGAGUUAAGCCUUGGUACUCUUCCUCCUACUGUCUGUGGAAAAAUUGGAAGCUUUCCCCCAAAAACACAGAAAUAUGCACAUUUCCAAAUGAAGAUUGAAGACUACUAGAGUAUAUAGGACUGUGUUGUAACUGUAAAAUGUUUGUUGCAGUUAAAUGUUCUGAUAGCUGUAGCCACCAUGUGAUCUGUUAGCUGUUGUUGGUUACUGUCUGUCUAUUCUUGGUAACUGCAUCGUUUAGAUGUAUUUGAUCGAUGCCCUAUACAGA